GUUCAACAAAAUUCGCGUCACAGUCCACAGGAAAUAUCUGGGCUCUCAGGCUUUGCGUUCGCAGUUGUCUCUUGGAACGUGCGGCGUCAGCAACCAAACAGAAAACUACUUUAUCUUUUUUUACGACGUCAGCGAAUGUGGAAGAAAAAUAUCGGUAAGAUGAUCAACAAUCAACUGGUGUUCGCAAACACACUCUACUAUACCCCCGACAAACCCAAAGGACUCAUCCGGACAGCCGUACCCUUCGCUCUGCAGGUUUUAUGCCUUUAUAACAGAUUUUACUACUCCUAUAAAAUUGGAUAUCUGCCGGAGAUUAAGACUCAACAGUUCUUCAUGAGCAUGAUCCCGAGCGGUGACUUCACACUCACUACUUGCAACGCUGAGUGGCAGAGACUCCCUGAAUCAACAGGCUACAUCAUCGGAAGCCCCAUGUACUUUGAGGCCAGUUUGCCAUCCAUCUCUUGGGACCAAAGGCUUUAUGUCAGCUUCUGCUACGCCACUCGUUCCCGAAAUAUCGGCAACACGCUCCAUUACAUGGUGAUCGGGGAAUAUGGGUGCAUGGCGGACAGCGCGGUCCCCGGCAGCAGGGCCAGGUUCGUCCGGCACGAAAGGAACGUUCUGAGGUUCGUGGUGGAGGCCUUCGUCUUCGAGGGAGUGCCGGAGGAGCAUCUCUACAUGCACUGCGAGAUGUUCGUGGCUGACGUUGUUCCAACAGAAAUGGCCAAAUCCUGCACCUACAACUCUACAGCAGGCAGGUGGGAGGAGCUGUAUGGCGACCCCCAGGUGUGCUCCUGCUGUGACUCCACCUGCGUCACCAACGCCUCAGCAGCUGCUCUUCCCGCCACCAAGAAAAUGGUCACCAGCGGCUCCUGGAUGCUGGAAUCCGAAGGUGGAGUGGUCCCGGGGGAGGCCACUGUAGAGUGGGACGAGAUUACACCCACUGAGACCAGGACUGUGACUGAGUCCAUGGCUACAACCGUGACUGGGCCCCUGACCAGAAAGGUCACGAAACCAGUGACCAGAAGGGUGACACAACCAGUGACCAGAAGGGUGACACAACCAGUGACCAGAAGGGUGACACAACCAGUGACCAGAAGGGUGACACAACCAGUGACCAGAAUGGCGACACAACCAGUGAUCAGAAGGGUGACACAACCAGUGACCAGAAGGGUGACACAGCCAGUGACCAGAAUGGUGACACAGCCAGUGACCAGAAUGGUGACACAACCAGUGACCAGAAGGGCGACACAACCAGUGACCAGAAGGGCGACACAACCAGUGACCAGAAGGGCGACACAACCAGUGACCAGAAGGGUGACACAACCAGUGACCAGAAUGGUGACGCAGCCAGUGACCAGAAUGGUGACACAGCCAGUGACCAGAAGGGCGACACAACCAGUGACCAGAAGGGCGACACAACCAGUUACCAGAAGGGUGACACAACCAGUGACC